GGUAAAGUUUCAGCCAUCCCUCUGGCCUUGGGAUUCUGUGAGGAACAACUUAAGAAGCGCCUUGACUGAGAUGUGUGUCUUGUAUGAUGUUCUUAGCAUUGUGAAGGAUAAGAAGUUCAUGACUCUAGAUCCAGUAGUGCAGGAUCCCCUUCCUCCAAAACAGAAUCCUCAGUUUCUACAGUUGAUUUCAAAAAAGAAAUCAUUGGCUGGAGCAGCUCAAAUCCUGUUGAAAGGUGCAGAAAGGUUAUCCAAAUCGGUUGCAGAAAACCAGGAAAAUAAGCGUCAAAGAGACUUCAACUCUGAACUGCUAAGACUGAGGCAACACUGGAAGCUGAGAAAAGUGGGAGACAAAAUUCUUGGUGAUCUGAGCUACAGAAGUGCAGGCUCCCUUUUUCUUCAUCAUGGCACAUUUGAGGUGAUAAAGAACACUGACAUUGACCUGGAUAAAAAGAUACCUGAGGAUUACUGUCCUUUAGAUGUUCAAAUUCCAAGCGAUUUAGAGGGAUCAGCCUAUAUCAAGGUUUCUAUUCAGAAACAAGCUCCAGACAUUGGUGACCUUGGGACAGUCAAUCUCUUUAAAAGACCUAUGCCAAAAUCAAAACCAGGUUCUCCACACUGGCAGACAAAGUUGGAGACAGCACAGAAUGUUCUUUUAUGUAAAGAAAUCUUUGCGCAGCUGUCACGAGAAGCUGUUCAAAUUAAAUCACAAAUUCCUCACAUUGUUGUGAAAAAUCAGAUAAUCUCCCAGCCUUUCCCAGGUUUGCAGUUGUCUAUUUCUCUGUGUCAUUCCUCAAAUGACAAAAAAUCACAAAAGUCUGCUUCUGAAAAACAGAAUCCAGAGGAUCAUCUUUAUGUUCUGGAACAUAAUUUGCAUCAACUUAUCAGAGAGUGUCACAAGCAAACCCUGAGCUCAACAGUGAUGCCACAUCCAGCUAGUGCACCUUUUGGCCAUAAGAGAAUGAGACUUGCGGGACCCCAGGCUUUUGAUAAAAAUGAUAUCAGUACUUUACAGUCGAAUGAAGGACUUCUGGAAAAGAUAAUAAAGCAAGCAAAACAUAUCUUUUUGAGACGCAGAACUGCUCGAACCAUUGACAGUCUGGCUAGUCGUAUUGAGGAUCCUCAGAUUCAGGCCCAUUGGUCCAAUAUAAAUGAUGUUUACGAAUCCAGCGUUAAGGUUCUAAUAACUUCUCAAGGAUACGAACAAAUAUGCAAAUCCAUUCAGCUACAGCUGAACAUCGGAGUUGAACAGAUCAGAGUUGUGCAUAGAGAUGGAAGAGUUAUUACGUUGUCCCAUCAAGAGCAAGAACUGCAGGAUUUCCUUUUAUCUCAG